CUAUCAACGUUAAAUUCCCAGUUUGCCCUUCCCACAUCAACUCCCCCGAAUCACGACGAUACACAUAUGAUUGCUAGAGAUUAAAGAAUCGUUAUUGUUGAAGAAGAAAAAUGCUAGAGAUUUGAGAAUAAGUCGUACCGUAUACAUAAGUAGAUUGCUCGAAUUAUUUAUGCUCAAAUCUUCAUUCGUUGGCUUGUUUGAACCUAAACCCACCCGGAGAUUUUGCAUUUCUGGAUUGAAUAGAAGUUCAAAGAAGUGGGUAAUGGCGCCUCCGCCGAUUCUUGCUUUAGAACUGCCGUCGGAGACAGGGCGGGUUCUCAGUAUUCAAUCUCACACAGUUCAGGGAUAUGUUGGCAAUAAAUCAGCUGUCUUUCCUCUACAAUUACUUGGCUAUGACGUGGACCCCAUCAAUUCUGUACAGUUCUCAAACCACACAGGAUACCCAUCUUUUAAGGGCCAGGUUUUGAACGGAGACCAACUUUGGGAGUUAAUAGAUGGUCUUGAGGCUAAUGAUCUGUUAUUCUAUACUCAUCUACUGACAGGUUAUAUUGGUUCUAUCUCCUUCUUGAACACUGUACUAAAAGUUGUGGACAAGCUUAGGUCUAUCAACCCAAAACUUACAUAUGUCUGUGAUCCAGUUUUGGGCGAUGAAGGAAAGCUUUAUGUCCCUCAAGAACUGGUUUUGGUAUAUCGCGAGAAGGUUGUCCCUAUUGCUUCGAUGUUGACUCCUAAUCAGUUUGAGGCUGAACAGUUAACUGGUUUAAGGAUCACAUCUGAACAAGAUGGUAGGGAAGCUUGCAACAUUCUUCAUGCUGCAGGACCUUCAAAGGUUGUGAUUACAAGCAUAAACAUAGAUGGCAAUCUUCUCCUGAUUGGCAGUCAUCAGAAAGAGAAGGGUCAAUCUCAGCAGUUCAAGAUUUUGAUUUCCAAAAUUCCUGCCUAUUUCACGGGAACAGGAGAUCUAAUGACUGCACUGUUGCUAGGAUGGAGCAAUAAAUAUCCUGAAAACCUCGACAAAGCAGCAGAGCUGUCCGUAUCAAGCGUACAGGCUCUUCUGGCGAGGACAUUGAAUGACUAUACGAAGGCCGGACAUGAUUGCCAAUCGAGCAGUUUGGAGAUUCGAUUGAUUCAAAGUCAAGACGAUAUUCGCAACCCAGAAAUCAAAUACAAGGCUGAGAAGUACAACUAAGUUGUGAUAUCAUUGUUUAUGCCAAUUAUAAGAUGCAUUCAAUAAAGUUGCCAAGUUUAAUGGCAUUUUAACAUUUGACUCUGAUGUAAUCAAAACUAUAUUACUAGUUCAUUUGUUGGUUGUAACAUGCAUUUGAUUUUAUUUUAGUUUUUGAAAUGAUAUUCAUAUUACAUUUUUGUUUA